GAGAGAGAGAGAGAGAGAAGCACUGAAGAUGUUGAGUCUGCAUGCAUACCAGCCUUCCCUCAUUCCAUUCAUCAGGAUUCACUGGUCAGUGUGCAGUCUGUGUCCAGACAUCACAUCUCUUUACAGACACACAGACGUACUGCAGGACGUGAAGAAACUUCAGCACAAGAUCUCUGAGGACAUCCAGCAAAUGUCAGAAUCUGAGGAGAUCCAGCCGGUCGCCUGCACAGUGGAGAAAGAGGGACGUGACUUUGUGUUGACACUGGACACUAAAGACUUUUCUCCAGAAGAACUGUCAGUCAAACAGGUGGGCAGAACGCUGCAGGUCAGUGGAAAGACAGAGAAGAAGCAGAAGGAUGGGAAGGGGUACAGAAUCCAAGAGUUCAGACGCGUGUCUGAUCUGCCUGAAGGAGUGAAUCCUGAGACAUUGAGCUGGUUCAUGACUGAUGGAAAGCUCUACAUAGAGACAUCUGAAGCACCUGAGAGGAUGAAGACCACUGCAGCGUGAACACAACACAGCCAGAGACUGAAAACACUGAAAACAACACCACAGAAACACACAAGACUGAAACACUCUGAGCAGAAGAUCAAAUGAACAGAUUUGAACUGUGUGUUUACCUGACGAACUUGAGCUUUAUAUUAAUGUUUACUUCAAAAUCAUUUUUGUACUCUUUAAAAAAUAUGUAAAUGAUAAACAAAUAUUUUUUUUACAGUUACUGUAAUUGUUGCAAAAUAAAACUGCCUAAUAUGAGAUUCCUUCUUGUUUUGUGCUUUUUAAUAUCUUUUCAUUUUUACACAAACAUUUAUGGCCACUUGUGUUGCCAGAAAUACAACAACAAAAUUUGACUGUAAAGUUAAACAAUGCUAUGUGGUUUGAAAACAUAAAAAGAAACCUUUUAAUCAGUGUGAUGAACACUUGAUACCGUUUUAGGAAUGAAUGCUCAGUGCAUGCAAAACCAUGGCUGGGUAGAUGGACAAACUCAACUGCUGGGUUAAAUCAUAUAUCAU